AUGCCCAAUAUGGAACCAAACCUCGAAAUCGGCGAGUCUCUUCUCAAGGUUUCCCCAAGAGAGAAGGUCCAGAAAGCAUCCAAGAUCAAGUCAACCGCUAUUUUCAUCAUCAUCGUCGUUCUCGUGUCUCUCAACAUCCUCGUUGCAAAUAUACUCUACACUCCUCCACCAUAUAAGAUGUCAACCUCUCCUAUCGCCCACUGUGGAUCCUCACGGGACGAAGCCAAAUCCGCAGGCUGCCAUUUCGACCCGAUGAGUUUCUCCUGGCUACCAACAGACUGUUACGACGCCGACCUUACAAAAAGCUUCCUUGGCUUGAAGGAAUGGCAGUGGUUCACGGAUGCCGACGGAUCACCGGCGCCGCAUGAAUCAGUGCUGAGGGGCGAUUAUGAUGAGCUAUUUGUUUCGUGGGAAUAUCAUUUGCUCCACUGCACAUACACUUGGCGGAAGAUGCACCGGGCCUUGUUGCGGGGCAAACCUGUGGAUAAUUAUAUCGGCAAGUAUAAUCACACGGCGCACUGCGAAAUGAUGCUCCUUGCCCAACACCUCGAGCGAAACAGCACCAAUACCAUUAUCCAGACCAAGUUUGUCUCUUGUUAG